UUUUUAGUUCGGGGUUUUAGUUCUGUCUGGAAAUGUACGAUUUUUAGUACGAGCGACCGUUUAGGUUUUUUGAUUGGUCGUACAUGAAUGUUUCAAUCUUUUCGGGGUGCUUUUUUUCGAAUGGGGAUGUCACCGUGAUCAGCGAUGAUCUUGAAAAUUAAACUCUCCAUUUCUGUCUUGACGUUGGAUUUCUUCGAUCGAUUUAUUUCUUAACAGGAUCCGCGAUGCCGACUUUUCUCCUCAAGGCGGUAAACAUAAUCUUCGAUAUUUUGCUCGAGUAUAUUCAAAGGACACUGCCAUAUUUAGUAUUUGGGCCUCAGAGAAAGAUCAGAUCUAGAAGAAGUUUAAUCAGGAUAAUCGGUACAAAUUUGCCGCUUCCCAAAGCGCCGAGAGUUUGCUUCAAUUUUGCUACAUGGAGGCAAAAUACUCUACCUGAAGAUGACAUUCCUGUGAAGGUUGAGGAUAACACUUUACAACAAAGAAAAGAUCCUGAGGAACAGAAAUCUAUUAAAAAAUUAGAAGAAGAAUUAGAACUGCUUAAAACUCAAGUUGCUUUAAUUUUGGAAAAUCAAAACAAGUUAACGAAUAUAUCAAAAAACAAUGAAAAAGCUAAACCGGUUUGUCAACCUCCGCCACCGCCACCGCCUCUCCCCACAUUUCUCCUUAACGAUAAAAACCCGAUUGUGUUAAAAUCUGCCAACCGAUCUUCUCACAGUUUUGAAAAGAAACCAGCGCCCAUCGAUGCGAUUAUAACUGAGAUGAAGAACGGCUUUCCUAAAUUAAAACCGAUUGCCAGAUCUCCCGGCGGAAGGCCAUUGAAGCCACCGAGCUUACUUACAAAUGAUCCCACUGACAUGCUGAAGGAGGCUUUAAAGAAACGGUUCAAUGUUAGCCAAUACUCAGAUGACUCUUUAUCCGACCUCUCUAUAUCAGUCUUAUCCGAUGUCCAGACAUUUUGAAAUUACUUCAAAUGUUAUUUUUGACUUGAUAAAAUGGUUGAUAUAUGUUUUGCUCAACUUUUAAAUGUACAGUUUAUCCAAAAUUAUUCAUUGUACAAAUAUUAUAUUUCAAGAAAUACAAAAAUACAUUCAGACAUAAAUUUGUUUCACAUUGUAAAAAUGUUUAUUUUUUGUGAGAUUUUAAAAGUUUAAUGACAAAAUAUUUUAAACUUAGUAAAUGUACAAAUUUAUAUGACAAAAAAAUAAAUACUAUUUAUGUUUCU